AAAGGACUUGUUUCUCUUCGGGCACAUUUACCCAGCGCACCUUCAGAAAGAAGCGCCGCAUUUCUCACAUUUUUACUAGUGUGGCUGCAGAUGGCGACUACAAAGGUUCCUGAGGUUCGUGACAUUACACGGAUUGAAAGAAUUGGAGCCCAUUCUCACAUCCGUGGCCUUGGUUUGGAUGAUGCUUUGGAGCCAAGACAGGUGUCUCAGGGGAUGGUCGGCCAGCUGGCCUCCCGUCGAGCAGCUGGGGUCAUUCUGGAGAUGAUCAAAGAUGGCCACAUUGCUGGCAGGGCAGUGCUGAUUGCUGGCCAACCUGGCACAGGAAAGACCGCCAUCGCUAUGGGCAUCGCCCAGUCUCUUGGCCCGGAUACACCUUUCACAGCACUGGCUGGUAGUGAAAUCUUUUCUCUGGAAAUGAGCAAGACCGAGGCACUUAGCCAAGCUUUUAGAAAAGCCAUCGGAGUGAGGAUCAAAGAAGAGACAGAGAUUAUUGAAGGAGAGGUGGUGGAAAUCCAGAUUGAUCGACCAGCCACUGGAACAGGUGCGAAGGUGGGCAAGCUGACUCUAAAAACUACUGAAAUGGAGACAAUAUAUGAUUUGGGCAACAAGAUGAUUGACAGUCUCAGUAAAGAGAAGGUUCAAGCUGGAGAUGUCAUUACCAUUGACAAAGCCACUGGGAAGAUCAGCAAGUUGGGUCGCUCUUUCACUAGAGCCAGAGACUAUGAUGCCAUGGGAGCCCAGACACAGUUUGUACAGUGUCCAGAGGGUGAGCUUCAGAAGAGGAAGGAGGUGGUCCACACAGUGUCCCUCCAUGAGAUUGAUGUCAUCAACAGCCGCACACAAGGCUUCCUGGCUCUGUUCUCUGGAGAUACUGGAGAGAUCAAGUCUGAAGUUCGCGAGCAGAUUAAUGCCAAAGUGUGUGAGUGGAGGGAAGAAGGCAAGGCAGAGAUCAUUCCAGGGGUGUUAUUUAUUGAUGAGGUCCAUAUGCUGGACAUGGAGUGUUUCUCCUUCCUGAACCGUGCUCUGGAGAGUGACCUGAGCCCAGUUCUCAUCAUGGCCACUAACAGAGGAAUUACUCGAAUCCGUGGCACAAACUAUCAGAGCCCUCAUGGUAUCCCCAUCGACCUGCUGGACCGCCUGCUCAUCAUCGCCACCUCCCCUUACACGGAAAAAGAGACGAGGCAGAUCCUCAAGAUCCGAUGUGAGGAGGAGGAUGUGGAGCUCAGCGAGGAGGCUCACACCGUCCUCACUCGUAUCGGCAUGGAGACGUCACUGCGCUAUGCCAUCCAGCUGAUCAGCACUGCAGGACUGGUGUGUCGUAAACGCAAGGGGACAGAAGUUCAAGUGGAAGACAUUAAGCGGGUUUACUCUCUGUUCCUGGAUGAGGCCAGAUCCUCUCAGUACAUGAAGGAGUAUCAGGAUUCCUUCCUCUUUAAUGAAACACAAACAACUUCCAUGGACACCUCAUAAUGAAGAGGACUGCUUUGUUUUCUUACUCUGUGAAGUUUUUAUGUUGUCCAUCGUCAUGGGGUUGGAGUCGAUUCAGAACUGGAUAUUGCCUAAAUUUGAAUUCGGCAUUUAUUUACACUUAUGAAAUUCACAAAAUUUCUCGAUAUUUCUCUUCUAUGUUUAAUUUUACUUUGUUUGAAUUCAGAUUUUUGUACUUAAAUUUGACUUAAUUCUGAAUUUACCACAAUUCUGUUCAUCACUGAGGCCUUGUGGCAGGAAAAUCCAUUCCUUUUGUGUGUUUUUCUUUACAUGGUUUAUUUUUAUGGAAAAUGAUUAAACAGGCUUUUAUAAGCAUA